UUUUUAGCCAUUUCAAGUAAAGUGUUUAAAUCGAUGGAGUCCGAUAGAGCAAUUUCAUAGUUUUUAGUAAGCGAUGUGAAAUUAAUUAUUGUUUAAUGUAAUACUGCAGCGCUUCAUCUAUUAUUUAUGAGCGCUAAUUUGUGAUUAAAACGCAUCCACACAUCUGUAACAGAAAAGUGCGCCUCACGUUGCUUCCUUUAUCAUCGAUCAGUUCACCUUAAACACGAACUGAUGAGCAAGUACUAGUGAUGGAGAAACGGAGCUCUUUUAAAUGAAGAAUAUUAAAUCAAUCGCUUCGCGAAACGAUUCAGUGAUUCGAAUCUCUUGAGUCGCCGCGCGCUGACGGUCCGCACAAAAGUGCCAAACACAGAAAAACUGCUGAAGUAACUGAGAUCUACGUGACACGCUGUUAUAAAGAUGGCGUUUAUUAAAGAAGAGAGUGAAGACGUGAAGAUUGAAGAAACAUUCAGAGUCAAACAAGAAGAUACUGAGACACAAACAAAGAUGGAGUUUAUUAAAGAGGAGAUCGAAGAGCUGAAGAUUAAAGAAGUGUUCAGUCUGAAACAAGAAGAUACUGAAGAACAAACAGACCUGAUGCCACUGAAAGAGGAGAGUCAAGAUCCCAGUGAUAUGGAAGAAGAAUAUCAAUAUGAGAAACCUCAUCAGUUCAUGACUGGAGAAAAAUAUUUUAGCAACUCAAAGAUUGAAAGGACGUCCUUACCAAACGAAGGAACUAGAAAGAUUGAAGGCCACAUGAAAGUUAAAUCUGGAAAGAGCCCUUUCACUUGCCAACAGUGUGGAAGAAGUUUCAGUCACAAAAAAACCCUUAACAGGCACAUGAAAAUUCACACCGGAAUGAAGCCUUUCACCUGCCAACAGUGUGGAAAAAGAUUCUCUGAUAGAAGAAACCUUGAUGCCCACAUGAGUGUUCACACUGGAGAGAGACCUUUCACCUGCUCUCAGUGUGGAAAGUGUUUUACACAGAAAAAACACCUUAAUGCCCACAUGAGUCUUCACACUAGACGGUACCCAUACACCUGCAAACAGUGUGGGAAGAGUUUCUCACAAAAAGGAAAUCUUAAGACUCACAUGAGAACUCACACUGGAGAGAGACCUUUCUCCUGCUCUCAGUGUGGAAAGAGUUACACACACAAAAAAAACCUUAAUGUCCACAUGCAAUAUCAUACUAUCAGAUUGAAAGAAAACCUUAACCAUUCCAUUCACACAAGAGUAAACGGUUAUAUAUGUCAUCAGUGUAGAAGGAGCUUCGAGGACAGGAUAAGCCUGAAGAAUCAUGUAAAAACUCAUGCUGGACAGAAGCCUUUCAUGUGUGAUCACUGUGGAAAAACUUGCGCAAACAAAGCAAACCUCGAGAAUCAUGUAAGAGUUCACACUGGAGAGAAGCCAUUCAUCUGCCCUCAGUGUGGAAAGAGUUUCCCGUACAAAGGAAACCUGAAGAUUCACAUAAGAGCUCACACUGGAGAGAGGCCUUACAAGUGUCUUCAGUGUGAGAAGACCUUCAUGUAUCACUCAGGCUUGAAACAUCAUUUACAGACUUACGCACACCGCAAGCGAGGGCUCCAUGUCAGCAUCACUGCAGCGGCUGACUCCUGAGAGUAUUCACAAUGGAAGAGU